UAUUGGAAAACGGCCUAGGCUAGGCCAAAGAGUGUUUACAAUCUUCGGGCUAGGCUAGCUAGCUCGCUAGGCACACGCCAAAACACAUAACACAACGUAGGCCUAUGCCAACGUGUACGAAGUGGACUAUUAUUUGCGACAUGGCUGACCAGGUGCAAGUCGACAAUGUGGAUGACUGGUUGGAGGAGAAUAAGAAAUGGUUUCUCCCUCCAGUGUGCAACAAAAUGAUGUGAGUUGACAGCACUGAAUUACAGGCGUAUACCGGUAGAUGCACCAGGCACAGUGCUGGCCAGAUGAAGUCCUUCUUUGUUGGGGGACCAAACCAGCGAAAAGAUUACCACAUUGAAGAAGGGGAAGAGUUUUUCUUCAUGGAGAAGGGAGACAUGUGCCUGAAGAUUGUAGAAAGAGGAAAACACAAAGAUAUUCCCAUCAAGGAAGGAGAGUGCUUUUUGUUACCAGCCUGCAUUCCCCACUCCCCACAAAGGAAAGAAAACACCGUAGGCUUGGUGCUGGAACGAGAACGCAGUGAAGACGAAAAGGACGGCCUGAGGUAUUACAUUGAUGGAACCACAGAGUCUCUGUAUGAAGUUUGGUUUCAUUGUGUGGACCUUGGCACUCAGCUUGGCCCGUUGAUCAAGGAGUACUUUGCCUCAGAGCAGUACAAAACAGGCAAACCCAUUCCAGGGACCAUCCCGGAAAAUCCACCUGUGACCUUGGACACCGAGACAGAGGUGGAGGCUCCGUUCUCUCUCCAGGGCUGGAUUGAUGAACAUCAGGAGGAGAUCCAAGAGAAAGGAUUCAAGAAGGUCUUUGGAGACAAGUAUCAAUUUGAGAUUGCAGUGUAUGGACCAGGGGAUCACGUCGGAGGCUGUGAGGCAGCUGAGAUAUGGACUUGGCAGUUGAAAGGUUCAUCCGAAAUUGUUGUUGGACAGGAGAAGGUAAAAAAGAUUGAAUUGACUGAACGGCAGUGCAUGUUGAUUCCCAAGGACACCAAGUAUACUGUUAAGCAGGGGAAGGACUCUGUGCGUUUGGCGUGCUUCCAAGACCCACGGAAGAAGAUAUUGGUCAAAAAAGACUGAAGGGGAAAGUCAUCACUUCAUUGGUUGGUCUAUAUACAUGUAAAGGGAUCAACUCAAUAAAAGCUCAAGUGAUGGGGGAAUGAAAGAUAUUUUCAUUGAAAAAUAAGUAGAUGAUUUUUAUACAUUUUGAUACAUAUGUAAGAAGAAAUCAAGAGGGAACUAGCUUAAUACUCUUAUAAAGGGUCCACAAAAUGGUAACAUCCCUUGAGAAGGGGGUUUUGUGUCUCUAUCUAGCUUCAUAUCAAUUUUGUUUUGUUUUUGAAACAGGUAUUUGGUGUCUUUUGUUGGUUUGUAAUGCAACGAGAAAUUCUGUAUUCAUGAGAAAAACUACUAUUUUAUCCUGGGCAUGAAACCUCAGUGUUUAUCGAUUUGUUUCAAAAAGGGCUGUCCUAAAUUUUGGGUUUUUUUAGUUAUUCUGUAAGAACAUGGCCACAAACCAAUGGGCAGACCUUUCUCAAAGUUUAUGUCAAUGAGCAAAUAUUGGGUUCACAAUUUGAAAAUUUGAACCAAACCACAGAACCUGAAUCAUGUCUUCCAUGAAUGACGGCAGCAACAGCAUCCUCAGUUAUCUGGAAAAAGCUGGACAAUUUUCAAUGUUUCAAAAAAAUGCACUUUCUAAUACACAUAACCUAAAGGAAUAUCAUUUAGUUCUCACACAUUGAAGGUGAGCGUAAGAGUUGCUUAAGAGUGUAUCCCAGAAAAACUUCAUCAGGGACCCUUUUAACAAGAUAUUCAUACCAUGAACCUUCCUAAAUUUUCUAAAAUCCUCCACUGUAAUAUCAAAAUUGAGCCUCCUUUAUACUUAGACUGUCAAGGGGCAUCAGGCACCAUUGAAAGCAGUAAGCUUAGUACUACUACAUACCUACUUACCUUGCAAUGGAUUUUGUACAGAAUAUGGAGGAUUAUAAUAUUAGGCCAAGCAAAAAAAUUAUUAUAUACAUACAAAGAUCCUGUCUUUUUGAGGAAACAUACGGAGGGGUUUAUUAGUUGUAUUAUGAAGAUGGCCGGCAUUCUGUUUUCAAAAUUUUCGAAUAAGUAGGCUCGUGCAAGUUGUAGCCAUAAUACAGACACAGCCGUGUAGUGGAAUUCAGAGAUCGCAUGAUGACCUCAAGAUGUAGAAAGUUUAAAAAUAUACUGUAUAAUCAAAGCAAGAAGUUCCAAGUUGCUUUUUAAUUUUUCAACUAGAGUUGGUUGAUUUUUUACUAUGUUUGUUUGCCAUUUUCUUGUAAAUAAGUAACAAAUAAUUCAGCUGAUAUAAGGAGGGAAAGGGCAUUUUAGCAUUGCUAAUUUUGCUGCCUACCUUCAUGAUGCUUAUUCCCACACAUUAUGCAGCAGUAUCUGAUAUUAAGCCAAAUGACUCUGUCAUUUCAUUUUUUCUGAAAUAAGAUUUGUUGUAAACAAUAUCUUUCUUUCUGAAUUUUGGGAAUUUAAAUCUGCUUUUUGAUGCUGCUUUUAUUACGUGCAAAAAAAUAAUUAUAUUCCUUGAUUUGUUUGAUUGCUCUGAGCACUUUUAGUAGAAUCAUGAAAUGCUGAAACAACAGUUCGUUAAUAUCAGAUUGUUUGAAUACUGAAGUACUGGAUUCUUGCUAUAUUUUGCUGUUUGCUUUAUUUAGAUAUUGUGGACCAGGCUAAAAUAGAGAAAUGUAAGUUUUAUUUAUUAGUUUGGUAGUUGUGGGAAAAUGUGAUCCAUCGUGGAAAAAUUCCUCCAUGAUUGUUGACAUUUUCAACCACAAAAAUACCUUUUCCUUUCAGGGUGUCUUAAGUGAUUUUCAAAAAUAGAUCUAACAGUGCUUUUUAUAAUGCAUAUGCUGGUUGCCAACAAAUAUACAUUUUUAACAUGUUUUCAUACCACACCCAAAGAAUUCAACCAUUUCCUUCCUUUUGAAGUUUGGAUUCAAAUGAAUUAACAUAAGUCUUGGUUGAAUAAACCCCUUGUCAUCUGAUUGGUAGAUCACUGAAUUGUUUGUCCUAGUUGCCCCCAAAACAGAAGGUUCUAUCUUAAGGCAAAUUGAACUCCCUAUUCUCUGGUCAAAUGAAACUUCUGAGAUUGUAGGUGAUUCAUAUUGGGAUUUAUUCAAGUAGGAUUUUGUUCAGGUACAGAGAUGCCACUGAGAUGCAAAAUCCCUGUACUAGGGAUUUUUCGUCCAGGGGUUUAUUCACUAUGAUAAUGCUUUUGUAAAAUGCUAGCUAAACUGGACACAUUGUCAUUUAUUUAGUGACAGAUUUUUGCUUCAUGGAAUGGUGCAUUCCAUUUUGCUUUGUAGAAUGGUGCAUUCCAUUUGUCACUUCAGAAAAAUCAGAUGUGUCUCUGCAUUUAAAAACAUUCAUUAUUUGCAAAUUGUCACAUUUCUGUACAGUUCCAGACACAAUAUAGACCACUCUCAUUUUGGCUGCAACUUGUAUGGUCAGUCAGAAGUUGUAGAAAUAUCAGAUUCUGGUUGGUUUUCGAUUUCAUGGACAUUUGUCCCAUUACUCUUUAAAUUAUAUAACUGAUAGCUACAUGGGCUUUCAACACUUUGUGAAUUUCUCAUUACUUUUGAACUGAUAGCCAACUGUAGUUUUUGCAGCCACUUGUAGGGAAAACAACUGUGACAUCAAAAGAGCAGACCCAAUAUUACCUGUCUACUUUUUUGUCAGAAAGUUGCAGCUAAUGAGAUUUGAAGCUGUCCACAUUGGAGGAAGCGAAAUGGUUAAAGUUCACACUUGCAGCAUGUGGUAAUCUCUUUCCUGGGCUGGUGCAGUGCAGGUAAAAUUGACUCUUCAGAACCUUGCCCACUCACAAAAGAGACUUACUUCAUGGCAGACAUACAUGUCAUUACAGCUGAUAUCACAGUUUGAAAAUACACAGAGCUAUAUAUGAAAAAAGUCUUCAGGGUCCGAGAGUAAUUUGUAUGAGUACAUGGGUAACAUCAAAAUUGGGUAUUUAGGGAGUUCAGUGUGGAUCAAAUCUGUUAUCGUUUUAGUUUUUUCAUAUGGAGAAUUGGAGAUCUUUCAAAAAGAAAUAUAACAGUUUUGGAAUAAA